AUGCUCACCUUCGUCCUGUCCCCUUGCCUGCCUCUCCGCCGGCCGUCCCCGCAACUCGCGCCGGCGCAUGCCCGCGCGCCGCUGAAGCGGCUGCCCGUGUCGUCGUGCGACCGAUGGAAAGAGUUUUCCGUGGGACCGCCCUCAGACGACGCGCCCUCCCCCACUCCCGCGCCAACCCCGCGUCCUUCGCUCGACUGGCCGUCGUGGCGGACGUCGGGCGGCUCGAUGCGCGUGCCUGCCAUCCCGUUCCCGCCGCAGGAAGUCUUCCUGCCCGGCGAGUCGAAGCUGCUGCACCUGUUUGAGGCGCGCUACCUGUCGCUCUUCGAGCACGUCAUCGUACACUGCGACAAGCAGUGCGCCCACGUCCUCGUCGCGCCCGGCCGCAACGCCUUGGCCGCGCACGGCACCAUUGUCCGCAUCCGCGAGUGGAGGCGCCUCGAUGUGGGCGUUAGUGUCAGGUUCGAGGCCGUCGGGAGACUGCGCAUCAGCAAGCUGUACAACGCUUCCCCGUUCCUGCAGGCGGAUGUUCAUGUUGUCGACGACCACGGCUUGCAGGAAGGGGGCAAAGCUGAGGAUGUCACAGAGGUGGAGACCCGCUUUUGGACCCUGUUUCGACAAGUCGUCGGUCUGUGUGUGCGCCUCGGGGAGGACCCGCUGCGGGAAAAGCUCAGCACGGCCGAGGAGAGCAUUGCGGUCGUCGCGGGGAACGACGCGGAUACGGAAGGGGAGACCGACUUGGUCGCAAUGUCGCCGGAGGCUAGGGGAGAGUAUUACGAGGAGAUGCUGCUCGCGGCGGCGAGGCGCGCCGUCAAUGGCGAGGACGUCCGCUUCUUUAUCGUCACUAACUCCGCCGAGAUGCUCUCGCGACGCGCCGCGGCCCUAUCUUUUGCUGCCUGGGAGUUUUUUGAAUCCACUGCGGGCAUGAGGCAGAAAGCACUGGAGGAGAGGGACGCCGUCGCGAGGUUGCACUUGGUCGUGGAACAACUGGAGUUAAGGAAGAACAAGCUGGCUGCAAAGAUUGCCCUGGAGAAUGCCUUUUCGUAG